AUGGAUCAGAUCAAUCAAGCGAAGAAUGAACAGUCCCUAGCCAUCGUCCCAGUUGCAGCACCGGCAUGCUUCGCGGAGGAAACACCUGUGGCCAAGUCUCGACAGACUAGCGUCGCAAGGUUUUUUAGGACGAAAGAGAAAACCGAAGUAUACAAAGGAAAGACUCUCAUGCCAGUGAACACCAAGCAAAUUGCGGAUGCAUGGAACAGCCGCACGAACGAGUUCAUGGUGAUAAACAACACAGCAGUUUCUUCAAUUAAAGUCAUAGGACAGAUUAGAGGAAAAAAGACGGACGAAUACAAGGGCACAUUCUGGAUUGAAGACUGCUGCGGUGCAGUAAAGGCAUCAAUAUGGUUCACACACGGGAGAGACGAACUAGAAUUCGUUUCGGAGGGAUCAUACGCAGCUGUCAUCGGGAGCGUGAAGUUAGCAGGAGUUUCACCAGAAAUUCAGUGUUACGACUGCAGGCCAGUGACAAACUUCAACGACAUCCCCCAUCACCACCUGUCUGUCAUCGCUACGCAUAUUGAUCUCGUCAUGAAACCUGAAAAAGGUGUAUACGCCAGAGUUGCUGAAAUGUGGGCUAAGGACGUCAAUAGCACACAGAACGCAGGUGACAAACUUGCAGCUGCCGCUGUUAAAAUGGAGGAAUUGGCAAACAAGACGUGUACCGUUUCACCUAAAAAGGAAAUCCUGUCGCAAGACCAAACGGUACUGAACAUUGCUGAAGCACCGCUAACUGGAUCACCAACCUGUUCACAAAAUGAAGCUACCAUGAAGAUGCUCCGUCUACAAUUCGGAAAAGGUGGCCCGGAGGGCGUUCACGUCGACUACCUUUCUGAACAGUUGAAUAUUGACAACGGCACAACAAGGAAGGUACUGGAGGCACUUGCUAUAGAUGGGGAGGUGUACACCACUGUUGAUACCGACCAUUUUGCGCCGACCUAG